UUUAGUGAAGACGUGGUAGAAGAUGGAACCUUUCCUUUCUGGUCGUUUAUUCCGUUCCAGCAAUACCAAGGUAGGACCUUUCUCUGUUCCACAUUAUUCUAAUCAUUCAAGAUAUUUUUACCAUUAUUUUAUCAAACGAUCCAAUCGUACUCAACUUCCUCCCUCGUAUCUUUGAAUUUCCCUAUGCCUUCUUGUUUUUUCCUUUCCGAAAUCUCUCUCGCUUCUGUUUGCAGCAGGAAAAAGACUUUUUCUCCAUCGUCCUAAAAUUUCCCAUUCACUGUUCCCAUAUAAUUCCAUCGCGAAUCAUAGUUUGCUUUCUGAAACCUGACAUUCCUGCUGGUCUCCCGCAGCGUCAGAAGCCCAGUCGGCGUGUUUGGUUGCCGAGAAAACAAGCCCAGAAAACGGUUAUAUCCGGUUGUUGCGGUGUCACCGUGUUCUUUCGGUGUGUAAAAGGCGUUUGAUUCGGGUACGAAUGGGGUGAGAUAUAGAGAAGUGGAAAAGGGAAUGACAUCCUUCUGGUAGAUCCAGUGGCUGCAUGGGAGGCUUAUUGCACCUUUUUGAUUUCAACCAGGGCAGCAUGGCCAGAAAGCUUUUUACACAUAAGAAGCAUGAUGGCGGCCUUGAUGCUCCAAGAAAUAGCCUGGAGAUGCAGGUAGAUCCUCAGAGCUAUUGUGACACAGGAGAUUUGCCGGUUGAAGAAAACUGGUCUAGAAAGAAUAAUCCAUUGGAAAGUUCAAUGAAGAAAUUGAUUAAUGAGGAAAUAUCCAAACAUUCGAGUACCAGACAAAAUACACCAAACAUCGUGGCCCGACUGAUGGGGAUGGAUAUGUUGCCAGUGGAACCAAAAUCUGCAGUUGUGGAAGAAAAAAGAGAAAAUAGGAGAACGAAGUCUUCAAAGAAGGAAAUGAAGGGAAGGAGCUCAGUUGGUCGCGUCUCUUCUAACUUAAAUUCCUCCAAGCAGAUAGAUCUUGAUUCUUAUUACCACAGUAAUGACAGAGAUGCCACUAGGUGGAGCGAUGAACAGAAAAUCGAAAAUCCAAGGCGUAGAGAACAUCCUCAAGAGAAGGAACUACAAAAGUUCAAGAAAGAAUUUGAAGCAUGGCAAGCUUCCAGGUUUAGGGAAUGCUCAAGGUUUCACGAAAUUGAUAGCGACCUCAACGAAGAAAAGAUGGCAGUUUCAGGGCAUAGAACAACUCAGACAACUUUAGAACGUAAGGAUCAUGCAGUAAAAGAAAUCUCACAUGAAGAAAGUGAUUUGCAACAUCGAGGAAAUGAGUUUUCGGAAUUAUUCCCAGCUGAGCAGAAGGGAUCUUUUUCUUCAAGAAGCAAAAGAACCAUGAGCUUAGACUUUGAGCAAUCUUCCCUGGUGAGUUCUAAGAAGAGAUUUGAGUCAUUCGACGCGUCUUCUCCUCCUACAAGGAUAGUUAUCUUAAGACCUGGUCCCGAUAGACUUUGCAACCAUGAAGAGGCUUGGACAGGUUCUUCAAACACUCUAGAGAGGAAAGGUGGCAUAGAAGAUUUUCUCGAGGAGGUGAAAGAACAACUAAGAUGCGAGCUGCAAGGGAAAAUGCAUAAAAGGGGUUCUGUUGUCCGAGGAAGUGGAAUUGAGACCCCGUUUAGCGAACAGCCAUCAUCUCGAAAGCAGAUUGCUCGACACAUUGCAAACCAGGUCAGGGAAAGUGUGACUAGGGACCUUGGCAUGAAUUUGCUGAGAUCAGAAUCGACAAGAUCAUACAGAACUGAAAUGCAGUUCAAUGCAUCAGGUUCCCCGGAAUUUAUGCAUAGAGAUACUAAAAGAAUUUUGUUAGGGAGACUGAGAAAUGUUUCAAAAAUAGAAACAGAACUUCAUGAUCCUUCAUUAGUUUCCGGGAGAUCUAGGUUAUCUGCAUUAGACUACGAAAGGGAAAGGGGAGUAGUGAAAGAUGAACAUGAAAACACAAGAUCAUUCAGACAUGGAUCACAUGGAGAUGAAGUGCUUGAUAGAGAGUUGUCCCCUAGAAACCUCAUUAGGUCCUUAUCCGCCCCAGUACCCGGAACAUCUUUUGGGAAACUUCUUCUGGAGGACCGUCAUGUUUUAACCGGUGCUCACAUUCAGAGGAAGCAUGAAGGCAUUGGACCUGUGUCCAUGGAGAUGAAACAUCAGAAGAAAGAAAGGUUUAAUUUUAAAGAAAAAGUUUCCAAUCUCCGAUACAGUUUUAUGCUUAGGGGGAGACUUUUUGGCAAAAAAAAUCAAUCAGUUCCGGAAUCACGUCAUACUGAACGGUAUCCUAUGAAGGAUAUCAUGAGCGGGCCAACAGUGAUUACGAACUCUGGAGAGAGACAUGAUAAUUUCACCGAGGUGCCUCCUAGUCCUGCAUCUGUAUGCAGCACUGCUCGGGAAGAGUUCUGGAGGCCAACUGAUUAUCUUAGUCCAAUAUCAACUCCGAGUGCAACUCCACGAGAAGAUGGUAUCGUGCCACAGGCUUUUAGGGACAUCAGCGAUAAUCUGAGUGAGCUACGAAGGCAACUGAACCAACUCGAGUCUAAUGAGCCUGAGGGGAUUAAAGUUGAGGAAGCGGUUGAGUCUGAAAUGGCUAGGUUAGACAACCCAGCAGAGGUUUACAUACGAGAUUUGCUUGUCGUUUCUGGUUUGUACGAUGGAUCAUUUGAUAAAUCACUAUCGAGAUGGGACACAUUUGCGAAACCAAUCAGCAACUCAGUGUUCGAAGAAGUGGAAGAAUCGUAUAAAAACUUGGCCAACAAGCAAGAUCCUUCAGCAACAGAUCACAAUGAGAUGGUAAAUCACAAGGUGUUACGCGAUUUGUUGAACGAAGCUCUUUCAACAGUUCUCGGACCACCAAUAAGCAUGCCAAACUUCCGGAGAAAAAUGAUCAACUCCUCUGCGCUGCCACCAUUACGUGGCAAGAAGUUGUUGAAUUGUGUGUGGCGAAUCAUCUGCGAAUGCCUAUAUCCUCCAACUAAUGUAUCCUGUUACUCACUCGAUGAUAUGGCCGCCCGGGAACUUGGAUCAGGUCCUUGGUCCGGCUUGAUGGACGAGGACGUUAAUGCAGUGGGACGAGAGAUCGAAAGCUUGAUCAUGGGAGAUCUUGUUCAGGAAAUUUUGUAUGAUAUGCAGUUAUUAAUGGAUUGAGUACAUAUAUUGGAAGGAAGUAAAUAUGUUUGUGUUUAUAUAUAUAAGUGAGUGUUGAUGGGAGAUUAUUGCA